GACACACUCAUUCUCCUUCUUCACACCGCAUCUCCUGUGACGAGGUGUACUGCCUUGCUACAAUGGAUCCCCAACAUCAGGACCAGGACUAUUUAGCCGAUGUUGUGGACUUUUCCCCUGGCUCUCCCGACAAUUUCCAGAUCUCGUUAGACCCCGACCCAUUUGACUACUCGAAUCUGGGCAGCCCCCCGUUCCCCCAUACACCAUCUUACAACGGAUCCUUCCACAACUCCCCUUACUCCAAUCACUCCGAGCUGAGCUUCAACGGAGAGCGCGAGACCUUUGGAAUAUUCGAAGAAGAUCACGUCGGCGGAAUCUCCUCCCGAGACUACGAUCCAUCGGAGUUCGACACCGUCAAUCCCCAAACGACGUCCCUUCUCAUGUUCAACGAGAACGACUACAUCCAUAGCAACUACGAUCCCAGUCAACUCUCCACUGUGCAUAUCUCAAGCCCCGAUCUUCGAGGACCCUAUGACUACAGUUCUCCGUCGAGCAACGGCAGCGGGGAGGAAGGGCAGCAGCAGCAGCUACGUAGCAGAGGGUCUUCCGUAUCAUCCAACCACAACAACGUGUCCCCUUCCCCGCGCCUAGAUGUCUCCGCCUUUGAGAAUCUUUCCUUCCAUUCUCCCAGCUGGGGCACCGACCCCCUCCCGCGAGAACGACCCGUCUCCCCACAUACUCAGAAACCACAAUCGCCACCAAGGCUCGUCAUGCCCGAGUCGAGUGGCAGCCCCACCCCUGCUUUUGCUGCACCGCCCACCAUCAAUGCACCCGACGGUGACGGUGUCCAUCCCCGGCUGCACAUCGUGCCUGCGACACCCGUGAGCGGUGGAGGCCCGGCUGCGACGGCCGUGCCGUUCCAGAACGGUUCGGACCCUUUGCGUCAAGGUGCCUCUUCAGAGCAGUCGACAGGGUGGAAAGCACCACCGCAGGCGGAAGAAUACGACUUCAAUGUUGGUCACGAUGGCUUGUCGACAGCUAACGUACAGAUGCUUAACAACUCGGUGAACGGCAACGAUGCAUCCUCACCUUACCUAUUUCCUGGCAUCCACACUCGCGGAAGAAGAAAGUCGGAUCCUGGACUGGAACCGCCCACCUGGGAUUUGAGUAGUGCGCAUGUGAGCUCCACGCAUGAGGACGCGGUGUCCAUGGCCGAAGUUGAGCAUGGGUCGAUGGGUGGUUCGCAUCGGAACUCCUUUAACGGGACCCUGCAGUCAUUCCCGCUUGAAUCGUCCGCACACCUGCUGAACCCGAACCCCAAACGAGGACAUGUCCGACAGUCGCGGUCAGAGGAUCUACGAGUGAACGGAAUGUUCCACGGUGGAUCUCCAGAUUUCUUGCGGGCAGAUGCAUUUCUGUCCCCGAUGGAUCCGCCGCCGCCAAUUCGCAACCGACACUACCGGAGUGCGUCGACGGGCGGUGGAUCUCUGCGUAGCGAACGUGGUGCUACCUUGGGAGGCAGCGGCCAAUGGAGCGCAGCUUCCUCUCAGCGGGCCAGCCCCUAUCCCAGUCCGAAUGUCUCGCCACAGCCUAAUUACUCGGACCUGCCUCCAGAGGACCCUUCACUCAUUGUGUCGAAGCCGAAUGUGACGACUCCCCGAACAAGCACGGCAUCGCACAGCCGACGCAAGCAGGAAGCGACUUUCAUAUGCCCUGUCCCUGGAUGCGGGAGUACCUUCACUCGAAGCUUCAAUCUGAAGGGGCAUAUCCGAUCCCACAACGAAGAGAAGCCGUUCCUAUGCAAGUGGCCGGGGUGCGGUAAGGGCUUCGCUCGCCAGCACGAUUGCAAGCGACACGAGCAGCUGCACACGAAUUACCGGCCAUUCACAUGCGAGGGUUGUUCGAAGCAGUUUGCACGGAUGGAUGCUCUGAAUCGACAUCUACGGUCUGAUGGGGGCAUCGACUGCCAGCGAGUGUUGGAAGCCAGUGGGCGCCUGCCCGAGUUUUCCGGUGGGGGGAAGGGGUCGCUCAUGCCCGACGCCGGCGGUGGUCGUAUUCGCUCGUAUAGCAUGGGGAGCUACUCGGAGACCCCUGAGCCUCCAAUGCAUUUGAUGCCCAAGGUGGAGGAUCCAUGGGCGAAUAUGACUGGCGUCGCAUUGUGAUAUCCGUCUAUUACACGCUCCUUGCUGUUGCUUUUCCUUCCUUGCUUUUCUUGUCGCCGCUUCGAAUAGCUUAUGCUCGUUUCAAUCCCUAUCUAUUCCAGUGUAUCUGAUUGCGGACUUUUGUUUGGAUACAUUCUCUCUUCUCGCUGUACCUUAUAGAAGCAAAGAACCAACUUUCCCUUGUACCUAGCUGUCUGCUCAAUCAUUAUGUAUCUAUCUGCUGUCAGCGUGCUACGGCCAGAUUAUAUACUUUAAUAGUAACUUGUAACAACAUUCCCGCCGUUUUCUCAACACUAGAAAGGUCCGCU